UCUGUUUUGCUAACUUCCUGGCGUUCUAUCAGUAGACGAUCCAGCGCGUUCACCGUGAGGAGAUUAUUACUUAACCGUUGCGAGCAUCUGUGUUCAAUCUGGUCCGCCGGAGACGUUGACCCGGCGUAUCUUUUAGACAGCUCUCGUUCAAUCUCCAGUUGAUGAUUCGUGUUUGUUGAUUGCUGUCUGGGGAGUCACCAUGGAGAUGCAAACAUGUGGGAAGCCGGUAGACACGCUCAUGGAGCGUGUUCUGUCGAUGAACAUCCUUGCUUCGGACUAUUUCCGCGGGCUCUUCCGCCUGAAGACGUACCACGAGGUGAUCGACGAGAUCUACUACCAGGUGUCGCACGUGGAGCCGUGGAUGACGGGCAACUGCCGGGGGCCGUCCACUGCUUUCUGCUUGCUCUACAAGUUCUUCACCAUGAAGCUCACGGUGAAGCAGGUGCAGGGGCUCAUCACGCACGAGGACUCGCCGUACAUCCGCGCGGUAAGCCAGCCGCAUCACGCAUGUGCCUCUCUCGUCAGUUCCGUCCAGUUUCGGCCUUGUAGGCUCUUUUCGUGUUCGCUUCCGCGUUUUUGUGUGUGUGUGUGUGUAAACCUCAUACCGCAAGUUCUGCUGCUGUAUGUGAGAGCCGUCGAAGCGGUUUCUUGCGGAUCUUAUGUUUCGAAUCAAGUUUUCGGCUGAUUACCGUCUCAGCGGCCGAAGCCUUCUGGUGUAAUGCUUGUAUCGGCAGCGGUUAGGGUUCGUCAGCCUAAAGGUGAAUUCCCUAGACGUGUGUCUGUAGUUCCCACAUCACUCUAGCUUUCUACGUCACUCCGUGCAGCCUUUUGUAGAUUUGAAUCCGAGGGUUGCGGGUUAGAUUCAUCGGCGGUUCUGCUUUUUGGGCACGUUGCCCGUCGGUUUUUAUUGUUGUAGCUCCUGGCCGUUUGUCAUGUGGCUCGGGCUGUGCCUGGAUUGAUUGUUCAUGAGCUUGUGUAUCAUGCGAUGCCCCCUACCUUCAUGCCAAACCAAUUCCGUGCCAUGCCACGCUAUUCCAUGCCAUUCCAGGGUGCUAUGGUGAUACCCAUUGUCUUGGUGGUGGGGUAAUUUCCCGCUGGGGAAAGUAAGGGGCAUUGGUUUACCCCAACCAACCACCCAUCCUCACCAUCGCACGUGCUCCACGAGCGUUACGUUGCGUCUCAAGCGUUUGGUCCGCACACGAGUGUGUGAGUGCAUGCUCCCCGUGUGUGUGUGAGAGAGAGUGCUUGUGUGCGCGACGCAGAGACUGGCGCGAAGAGAGUACCCUAAAUCGGAAGAGGGGCCACCAUGUGCUUGUGACCAUAUAAGACCAUAUGUUAAAGGGACUGCCCUCUUCUCCGCAUAUCUUUUACCCCCGCCCCUCUUUCCGAUAUCUCUCCCCUCUGCUCUCUCCACCUACCUCACGCGUCUUCCUCCCCUCUCUCCCCCCCUCUCUCCAUUCCUUCUCUCCCCCUCUUCCUCUGUCUGUCUUGCACCUCCCGUUCCUCUCCCCUCUCCACUUCUCCCUCCAAUUUUCUUGUUUUCACUGCUGGUUACCACUGCCGGCUACCCGCCUGCCUGGUUUCCGCUUCACCCUCCGCACCCCUCUCGGCUGCUCGCCCCUCCCCCCCUUCACCCUCCUCUCCGCAGGUCGGCUUUCUGUAUAUCCGCUAUAUGGCGGAGCCCAAAACCCUGUGGGGCUGGUGCGAGCCCUACAUCAAGGAUCCCGAGGAGUUCUCACCCGGUACUAACGGCAAGAACACCACUAUGGGCAACUAUGUGCGCGACCUGCUGCUGGGACAGUACUACUUCGACUCCCUCUUCCCCCGCAUCCCAGUGCUCAUCAGCCGUCAGAUCGUGUCCAAUCUCGAGGCGCUGAAGCUGCCCACGCAGCCGUCAGGCGUGGCAGCAUCGGCUGACAGAAGGGGCGCCGAUGACAGCGCCGCGCGUCGCCCGCCCUCGGUUAAAGCCGCCCUGUCAGUGGCCUUCGGGCAGAGGGCGCCGCACAGAGCGUCGACCAGAACGGGGGGGUCUAAGGAUGACAAGAAGAGUGGCAGCGGUGGUGGUAGUGGUGCACCAAAGCGGACGCCGGAGAGAGGAGAUGACAGGGAUAAAGACAGAGACAGGGACAGGGAGAGGGACAGGGAGAGGGAUAGGGAUAGGGAUCGGGAUAGAGAGCGCGAGAGAGACAGGGAUAGGGAUAGGGACAGAGAUAAGGACAGGGAUAGAGAUAAGGACAGGGAUAGAGACAGGGACAGGGAUAGGUAUCGUGAUCGGGAGAGGGAGAGUGGUCGAGAUGGGGACAGGUACCGAGACAGAGACAGGGAAAGAGAUAGAGACAGGGGCAGGGAUAGGGACCGAGAUCGGGACAGGGACAGGGAGAGGGGGAGGGAGAGGUCACGAGAGCGGUCGAGGGAAAGAGGAAGGGACAGCCGGGAUCGCUCAGGGUCAAGGGAGAGGAUUGGGGAGAAGGAGGAGAAGAAGAACGCGGUUUCAGAACAGCUGAAGAAGCUGAGGGACCUGUAUGGUGAUGGAGGGAGCAAAAAGGAGACGCAGCAGUCGCAGGGGUACAGGGGGAAGGGGGAUGAUGAAGUGAUUCGACUGGGAGGGUCCACCUGGAAAUAGCAGGGUUGCGUGUGGGGAUGAGGAUGGUGGUGCUGGGGGAGGUGAUUUGAGGGUAUGCGGGUGGGCAUAGUAAUUAGGUUGCACAUGUGUAUGCAUGAUUUGUGGCUGAAGAUGGCAUGAUGCAUGGCUAAGUUUGGCUAUGCAUCGGUUCUUCAUAGCCUUUGGUGCUUAGCCUGCAAGUCGUUACAAGAGCGCUAAUGGAGUUGGUGGGACUGGCUUAUUUGCUACAUUCGUCUGUGAUGAGAGAUGUGUUGUGGGUACAUGGCUGAUGCAGCUAAUCGAUUUGACCAUGUGUAUUUCACACGUUCGUAGUGUAACAAUUG